AUGUUCAACGGUUUCCACACCCCGAUACCCCCUAGCGACGCAGAAAUUGCUACUCAAACCCUGAAUGAAGAGUCCAGCUGCCGUUUCCAUUCCUUCACUGCGAACGACGCAGUAACACUUGGGCUAUCGCUCCGCAAACGAUUCCGCUCUUCCUCACGACAUGCAAAGGGAAAAGGGCUUGUAAUCUCAAUUCAGACUAUCGCUGGGCAUACCCUAUUCGCGUGUACAGUCGGAGAUCUUGGAGGUGUCUCUGGAGUAGGAGAUGUCAGUCUGGACAGCUGGGCCUGUCUGGAGGGUAUGAUUGCAGUAGUCCGUCGGACGGGCCAUUCAAGCUACUACGUGGAAAAGGGCAUGGGUGCCGUAGGCAAGACACCUACACAACUAGGUGUCAAGGGAGAAUACAGGAUCAGUGGAGGAGCAUUUCCGAUAUGGCUUGAGAACGCUCCUUGCUGCCCAAUUGCGGUUGUAGCCUGUUACUCUGGAUCAAGUCCCGACGAUCAUCAUUUGGUCGCCAUAGCUGUGCGGGACUACGUGAAGAAAAUGCUGAAGGGCAGCGGUGCUCCACCACCGCCCUCAGUGCCAAUGCCUGUACUACCGUCUGCAGGAAGGCAAAGCUUCGAAUGGAUUGCAGAGCCUGCUUCAAGUGGACUGCACGGUACUGCAGAAGAUCAGGAUGAGCAUGGAGAUUAA